GUAGCUCAUAUAACCAUCUUCUUCUUCAAUCGACACUCUAUUCAUCACAGGGAAGAGUCCCCAUUUCUUGAUUUGUUAUAAUUCAGUCUCACUGAGGUAUGAGGAAUAUUGCAAGGAAGGGAAUUCAUUACUGGCAGAAACUGAAUGCUGCAAAUGUCCCAGCUGAGUUGAUAGAAAACGGCCAAAAUCGUGUUAUAGAUGCUUCUCUUACUCUUAUUCGUGAGAGGGCGAAGCUUAAGGGGGAGCUUGUGCGAGCUUUAGGUGGUGCUUUAGCAUCAUCAUCUCUUCUUGGAGUUCCUCUAGGACAUAACUCAUCAUUCCUUCAAGGGCCAGCCUUUGCUCCUCCUCGUAUAAGGGAGGCAAUCUGGUGUGGCAGCACAAACGCCACAACUGAAGAAGGGAAAGAAUUAAAUGAUCCACGGGUGCUUACUGAUGUUGGUGAUGUCCCUGUCCAAGAGAUAAGAGAUUGUGGUGUAGAUGAUGACAGGUUGAUGAAAAUUAUAAGUGAGUCUGUCAAGCUAGUGAUGGAAGAAGAUCCAUUGCGCCCAUUAGUUUUAGGUGGUGACCACUCAAUAUCAUUUCCUGUUGUAAGGGCUGUGUCUGAGAAGAUUGGGGGUCCUGUAGAUAUUCUUCACCUGGAUGCCCAUCCUGACAUUUAUCAUUCCUUUGAAGGAAACAAGUAUUCACAUGCAUCUCCCUUUGCCCGGAUCAUGGAGGGUGGUUAUGCUCGGCGGCUUUUGCAAGUUGGUCUUCGAUCCAUUACAAGUGAAGGCCGUGAACAAGGCAAGAGAUUCGGUGUGGAGCAAUAUGAAAUGAGAACGUUUUCAAGAGAUCGACACAUUUUGGAGAACCUGAAACUAGGGGAAGGCGUGAAGGGUGUAUACAUUUCAUUAGAUGUGGACUGUCUUGAUCCUGCAUUUGCUCCUGGGGUUUCUCAUAUUGAGCCAGGAGGUCUUUCUUUCCGCGAUGUUCUCAACAUCGUCCACAACCUGCAAGCUGAUGUUGUUGCCGCUGAUGUGGUUGAGUUCAAUCCGCAACGUGACACAGUGGAUGGGAUGACUGCAAUGGUUGCUGCCAAGCUGGUAAGAGAACUGACUGCUAAGAUGUCAAAAAUGAAGAACUAGUGUGCCCUCUCUGUGGAAGUUAAUCAUAUUUUUCAAUUUACGACUUACUGUUCUAGCAUAACCAGAUUUCUUCAUCUUUCGGUUUCUUUGAAGCAUUUCUGAAGGAAUUAAAAUGUAUACCUGCCUGGCUCUCAGUGGCUUGGGAAACUUUUAUAGAGCAGUUAUUUCCUUGGAAUAGUAUUGUACUUCAUCUCAUGGAAGGAAUCAGCAUAUAUAAGAAUAAACAAUGUCAUCAAUCUUAAUUGUUAUAUGAACAUCUUUAAAGUUGCAUUAUGA